AGCAUGGAGGCCUUGGAGAAAAUUGCCAAUUGUGUUUCUAAAGAAACGUUUGAAGCCAAAAUUAAAGGCUUAAAAGAGUCUUUAAACACAAACAAAUCAUCAGUAAAUGUGUUUGUAGAAGAAGAGUUCUACCAUCGAGUGAAGAAUUAUCUCAAAGUAGUCAUAGAACAAGAGCUUGACAUUGCACCUUCGAUCAAAACACCAGAGCUUUCAAAGGCAGAAAUCAACACCUUCAAGUGAAAAAAGUGGAAAUAUACAAAUGGAAAGUUAUUAACCUCAGAAGGGAAAGAAGUUGCACCUAAAGGAAUGCUCUUUGAUAUACUUUCUAAAUGCCAUAAUAGAAUUGCUCACAGAGGACGACAAAAAACUGAGAAAUGGAUUGCUGAGAAUUACUCCGAAGUAACAGAAAGUUGUGAAUACUUUUGUUUCUCUUUGCCGUUUUCACGCAUAACCGCCACAGUGAAACCCGUGAUCCAACUUCUCCAUGGAGCAGCCAGGACUCCAACAACUCAAGGGCUAGUAGAACGGUCAAAUCAUACAUUCAAAGAAAACAUGAGAAGCAUGAUAAUGAGCACAUCUGGUCUCCAAAUUUCCAAAUGGUGCAAGUACACAAUGCAAGCAUCCUACAUCAUGAACAUUACUUAUCAUCGUGCUAUCAACAUGACACCAUAUGAAGCAGUGUUUCACAUGAUGGCCAAAAGGGAACUAUUAGACCAUGAUCUUGAAGAAGACCAAGGAAAGCAGAAAAGAAACAAAUUCAAGAAGCACAGGAAAGCUACAAUACCAAAAUGAUAAAACAGUCUGAAGCAAAUCCAAGAAAGAAAGUGUACAAAGUUCAUGACAUGGUUUCAAUUAAAAUAGAUAGAGUGGACAAGAAAUCUCCUUUCCACCCAAAUUUACUUCUGGGAAAAGUGCUUGAAUUUGAAAAUAAUUAUGUGAAAGUGGUGACACCUUUUGGUUGCAUUAAAGGGUUCAUUGCCCCUUCCAGACUUUUCCCAUGUACAGCACCAAAUGUAAAACUUGAUUACGAAAAAGAAACUUCUUUCACUAGUGCAUGUAAAUUCGCCGAAAAUGCUCAAUAAUAACUUCAAUGUUUUCUUGACUUUGUUAGUUAAAUGGUAGAUGAAUUGUAAAUAUUCUAUUUUGUUGUGCUGCAAGUAAAAUAUUUUACAGGUCUGGAGUGCCAAAAAAUGAAUAUUUAAUGUUGUCACCAGAGCCAAGUAUUUCUCAUUUGAUUAAGGGCUUGUAUGAAA